AUGUUGGUUCAUACAACUCGCCUCAAGCCUCCUAACAAAAAAUUAGCUAUUAUUCUUGAAAGAACAGCAAAUUUUAUUGCUCAACAAGGCGGUCAAAUGGAAAUUUUAUUGAAAGCAAAACAGCAACACAACCCACAGUUUGAAUUUUUAAAUCAUGACAAUGAACUAUUUGCAUUUUAUAGGCAUGUUUUAAUGGCAAUCAAAACUGGUCGUUAUAAAUAUACAGAGGCUCCAGAAAAACCUGAAAAGGAAUCAACACAACAUUCUGAAGAUGAAGCUUCAUAUUACCUUCACCCCAGUCUCGCCUCAAAUAUAUCUAAGGUUGACUCGGCUCCCGCUUUACCUUCUAUUCCAACGCACCAGUACACAACAGAAACAACGCCAGAAGCUGAAAAAGAGUCCAAUGUUAAUGUAGAAUUAGAUAAACAACCUGAAAAAGUAGAAUCUAAUGACACUAAUACUAAUGCUAGUAGUGAAGAUUAUGUUAAUCAAUGGAAUCAAUAUUAUAAUAGUGAACAGUAUCAAGAAUAUUAUAGACAUUAUUAUUAUGCUACUUAUGGCAUUGAUCCCUUAUCACUGGAUUACAACAAUGCAAUUCAGAAACCUCCAGUCAUGUAUUUACAAAGUAAUCCACCGAUGCCACCAGAUAAUCCCCCAGAAAAUACCGAAAAAGCUGCUGUUCCAAGUGUUGCUGAACCCGUUGUUGAAAAUGAACCGGUCAAGGCACCAAAACCAAAACUCCAAAUUGGUGCCUUGGCUCAUUACUAUAAUACUGAUAGUGAUAAUAGUGAUAGCGAAAUAGAAGUAGAAAAUCUUGUACCCAUUCCACCCGAUGCUGAGAAAUUGAUCAUUGUUAAAAUGGCUAUAUAUGUUGCUAAAAAUGGAAAAGAGUUUGAGGAAAUUGUUAAAGCCAAAAAGGAUCCUCGAUUCAACUUCUUAACACCUACUCAUCAAUAUCACACUUUUUACAAAACUAAAUUAAAUGCGCAGCUGAUUUCAAUGGGAAAGAUUAUCAAUAACGGUUGUGAAAAUAGUUCUGAAGAUGUUGAAAAGAAAGAUGAUGAAACACCAGAAGAACAGCAACAGCAGAAACCAAAAAUUAUAGCAGCUCCAGUAUCGUUUACGAUCAAAAAGCCUAAAGAACCAGAACAAAUUAUUACCAAGCCAGCGUUGCCGCUUGAAGAUAGUGAUGAGGAUGAAGAACAAACUAAGAAUAUUUCAAAAAUAGAAAGUAGCAGUUAUGUCGCAAAUAAUGAAACAAAUGUAGUAGAAACUAUUAAAGAAUGUACAAAUACUGCUAAAGUUAAACAAGAAAACAAUAGAGAAAGUAUAGAAACUAAAAUAUCAUCAAUUGAUGAUAAGAAAGACGAAGAAAAAGUUAACAGCCCAAGUUCAGAAACGAAUAUUGUAGAUGACGAAAUGGUGAUAUCAUCUGACCCUGAAUUAUCAAAUGCAAGUACACCAGAGUUAGUAAAAAAUGAAACAAAUGGGGAUUUAACAGAGGAUCAAUGUAUAGAAAACCAGGAUAAAAAAUUUCAUUCUGAAAUGAAAGCUGUUGAAAAUGAAUGUAUAGAUUUGACUAAUGACUCUGUAAAACCUAAUUGUGAUGAUGAAGUGACAAUUUUGCGAGAGAAUGGAUUGAUUGAUGAAUCAUCUGGAAAUAAUGUGAAAAAACUGCAGUUAGAACGUAAAAAACGUGCAAUGGAAUUUUUAAAUCAUUUAAAAUCUGAAGAUCCUAAGGAAAGUGUACAUAGAAAAAGUAGGAAACAUAGUUCUGAUAAAAAAGAAUCAUCACGCAGGCAUAAAAGUAGUAAGCGAUCAAGAAAAAGGUCAGAUUCUGCAUCAGAUGAAAGCCCUCCCAAAAUGAAGAAAUCAAAGAAAAAGUCUAGAUCACAUUCACGAAGCAGUCGAACUCAUAAACAUAGGAAACACAGUAAAAGUAAUCAUCAUGAAGAUGAAUAA